AUGGGUAAACUUCACACAAACUUUGCAAGUAGAGACAUAGUGGAAGAUGAUUUAUUAGAAGAUGAUUCAUCAGAAGACAAUGAAGAAAGCUUCUGCAAUCCUGUGUCUAAGGACAAUGUGAGAGAUAGCAAUUUUGAUAAGGCACUCAUUGAGUUUUACAUGAAAAAUAAAGUUAAGAGCCUUAAACGGAAAAUAAUGCAAAGCAACAUCCGUGAUAAUCCAAUACCUGCAUAUCAGUCUAAGAAGUCAAGGAUGGAGACCGCAGACAGAAAAGUGUGUACAAGGUACUCCGGAAAAUUGUUUUCAACAGUAAUCAAAGCAUUGACAGAUAAGCAGGUUUAUGUAAUCAAACUCUAUGGAAUGGAAUGCAUGUUGAAAUUUGAGAAAACAGAUGUCCCGCUUAGAUUUGUGAAAUGGAUAGCAAGUGUUUUUGACACCAAUUCCUCAGAAAUUCAGUUAACAAAGAAAUUCAUUCCUGUUAAUAAGCAAACAAUCCAUAAUAUUUUGGAUCUUCCUAUUGGUGGAAUUGAGCUUGUCCCUGAUUGCGAAGCUGGUCGUGAAUUUCUGUUAUCUCAUUUCAAAGUAACUUCCAUUCCAAAUGUCAACUUAUUUGCCAACAAGCUAAUCUCUGGGGAAGAGUUGUCAGAUGAAGAUAUUUUCAUUUGCUUCAUGUUAGUUUGUUUCACAAGCUUCUUGUGUCCAAACUCAAGCCUCUUACCAAGCACACAGUACUUUCACAUUUUCAAAGAUUGUAAAAGUUUUGCGAGAUAUGAUCUAUCCAAGUUUGUAUAUGACUGGCUAAUUACUAGCAUACGAAGUUUCAAGCUGGCUACAAAGAAACUAUCAAAACGUACAAUCACUUUUGGAGGGUGCCACUAUGCUCUAGCUGUUUCAUAUCUUGAUAGUGUUGAAUUUGGAUUAAAUUCACUUCCCGAUGAGUAUCCACGAAUACUUGUUUGGAAAGGUAACAGAAUUAGGCAAUACUCCGAGAUGGAUAAAAAUAGCAGCAAAUCAUUUGGGAAAAGGCCAUUAAAGCGAUUGGUUCCUGCUUCAGUUUACCAGGUCGAAAGGUCAUUUGGAAAGGAUUCAUGCAAGAAGUUCUCAAAAACUUUUAGUUCUCCUUUCAACCUCAAUGGCAAGCUUAAGGGUUUGUUUUCAUCUUUCCUUACUAACGAGGUCAUUGAUGAUAUUGUACAAAUCAUACACACCAACAAUAUUGGCAAACCUAAAGAUUUUGAAGCCUGGUCACAUUCUUUAGUAUGCGAUGUGCUUAGCUGUUUGCAAAAUUCCCAGCAUGCUCCUCAGCCUUCAUGCAGCAACAAUUCAAUAGGUUAG